AUGCUGCUGCUGCUGCUGCUGCUGCUGCCGGUGCCGGAUAUCCGGACUGUAGCUCGUUGGCUGAGCGUGGAAAUGGCCCCGAGACUCAAUUUCCUGAUGCCAACCUCCCUGGGAGAGCCCCAGCGUCACCGGGACCCAUUUCGAGGGAAGUCUUUGUGCGAGGUCGAUGACGCGGUUGGCAGUCGCUGUACUUGGGCAGAACCAGAGGCUCAACAACCCAAGACUCAUUUCUCGGUAGCUGUGACCGUCGUAGUUGCAGACGUUCACAUGCAUUUUGUGUUCAACUUCGGGUGUGACUUUAGGAAUCAUGCUAAGGCCGAGGUGCUCAGCUCAAUCGAGAAAAUGGCUGAUGGUGCCCACCUCGAUGGCAACAUCUCAUAGAAUCAAC